GCGUCCAAGUACCUGAUGUGCCGGCGAGGGCUGCUCAUCCAGCCGCUGCCGGAGGGGCCGCGGCGCGACGAGGCGGCGCGCCGGUUCCGCUUCGUGGGCAGGCUGCUGGGCCAGGCGCUGCGAGAGGGCUUCAUCGUCCCGCUGCCCGUGGGCGAGGAGGUCUUCGCGCUGCUGCGGGGGGACGCGCCGGGGGCCGAGAGCCUGCCGCGCCCGGGCAGCGGCCACGCCGGCGAACUCUGCGGCGUGCUGGCCGACGUCGCAUCGGGCCUGUGGGACAAGGAGACGCCCAUCGAG